UUUUUGAUUCGAUUGAUUCCUUGCGUAAUAAUAUAAUAUAUUUUAAGUUUAUUCUAUUGUCUGUUAAGUUAACCAUAGAAAAAUUAUUUCUAUACAAUUUAAAUUUAAUGCAUAACAUAUAAUGUACUGAAUAUUAUGAUCGCUACACUGCAGCACAAAAGCGUUGCUUACUAUGAACCCAAAAUUAAAGGGCAUGAUAUUUGAUAAGGUAAAUAUUAUAUUAAUUAGGACAUUUAUUGAGAAAUUUUGAGAGAAUUUUAUGUACAUCUAAAUAUAUUCAAAUAUUUUACAGAUAUUACAUCACAAUGUUACGAAAAAUAUUAUUGACAAUGCUAAGUAUUUUCAGUUUUCCUAUGAUCACGACACGAAAUUAUUUAUUAUCAAUAUAAAUUAUAGCAAAAUCCGAGAAGUUGAGAGUACGGAGAAGUCUAACAAUCAAAUCUUUUGUAGACAAAUAAAAAAAAUUGAAUCACAAAAUUUUACAGUAAACAGAGAUAUAUUUAUAAAGGAAGUUUUAGAGAAUUUUCAAUGCAUUAAACCAAAAGUAAAUAAGAAACCUAAAAAAAUUCUUAUUGAUUUUAGUUCACCAAACAUAGCAAAACCAUUCCAUGCUGGUCAUUUAAGGUCUACAAUCAUUGGUAAUUUUAUAGCAAAUAUUAAUAAUUUUUUCCACAAUGAUGUUGUAAAAAUAAAUUACUUAGGUGAUUGGGGCACACAGUUUGGACUAUUGCAAUAUGGUUUGAAAUCAAAACAUAUUGACAUGAAAAAUUUUGAGUGUGAGAAUCCAAUUAAAAAAUUAUAUGAAAUUUAUGUGGAAGCAAAUAAAAUGUCUGCAAUUGAUGAAAAUGUGCAAAAAGAGGCUAGAGCAUAUUUUACAAACAUAGAACAAGGAAAGACAAGCUUAGAUAACUGGAGGAGAAUUCGAGAGAUUACUGUUCAAGAAUUGGAAAAAGUUUAUCAAAGAUUGGGAAUACAGUUUGAUUGUUACCAAUGGGAGUCAGAAUACAAUGGAAAUGCUAUAAAGGGAUUAUUAAGGUUACUAGAAGAUAAUAACGUAAUAGUGAAAGAUGAUCAAGGGAAGAAGGUUGCAAAAUUUAGAGACAGAGAUGUCACAGUCUUAAAAAGUGAUAAUUCAACAUUAUAUCUUUCUAGAGACAUUGCUGCACUCUUGGAUAGAUAUAAAAAAUACAAUUUUGAUAAAAUGCUGUAUGUUGUUGACAAUGCACAGACAGACCACUUUGCAGCCCUCUUUGAUAUAGUCAGACAAAUUAACAAAGAUUGUGCUGAUGGUUGUGAGCAUAUAAAAUUUGGUAGACUUAAAGGAAUGAGUACUAGAUCUGGGAGUGUUGUUUUUCUUAAUGAUGUAUUAGAUGAGGCAAAGCACAUUAUGCAAGAAAAGCAGGCGACAUCUAAAAGUAAUUCAAUCAGCAAUUUGUAUUAUUUAUUUUAGAAAUAUUGCUUAAUAAUAUUUCAUUAUCACCAUCAUAUUGCAACCCAUCAUAUAACUACUGCUGAAUAUACCCUACUGCUAAGGACUUGCAACACCUGCAUAUCUAGUCAUAACUUCACAUCAUUAAGUUGUAAAGGCUACCCUUGCUUCUGUAAGAUCCUAAUUAAGAAUCAUUCCAACCCUUCAAAUCUCAAUAUAUGGUAUUUAAAAUAAUACAAUUUUUAUGUUUAGACUAACAUUGAAAUAUGUUGCAUUUAAAUGUAUUCUGUAGUAAUGAUUAUUGAUAACAAUGAAAUGAAAGACGUUCAAUGACCACAAAUAUAUGAGGUUUGAAAACAUAGCUUCUUUGUGAUAUUUUUGGGAUUGCAUCUCAGCAGGAACCAAUAUUUGUCCAAAAACACUAGUUUAAGAAUUUGUCUGAAUGUGUGAAGGUCUCCUGGGCUUCUUGCUAUGAGGGGAGGUCAAAAAGUUUGCAGAAUAAAAGGGAAUGGGGGUGAAUUAAACUUAAAUUAUUUUUUCUUUUUGGUAUAUACUCCAUUAACCAUGAUACACUUCUCAGACCAUUCAAAUAACUUAUUUACACCUUUGAAAAAACAUGUUUAGACGAGGCCCUCAAAAUAGGCAGAAAUUGCUGACUUCACAUCUUUGUCAUCUGUAAAUUUCUUUACCCGAAGUUCUUUUUUCAUAUUUGGGAACAAAUAAUAAUCCAAUGGGGCUAAAUCUGGACUAUAGGAAACACGGCUUAAAGUUUGGAAGCUGCACUUGUGUAAGGAACACCCAACAACAACCAUGGCAACAUGACUUGUGAACAGGUUGCGUUGGCAUGCAAAAGGAGCACACCUCGAGAUCAUUCUCCCCUUUUUUUUUCUUUAAUUACAUCUUUUAAUUUCUUUAGUAACAUAAUACUGUGAUAUUGACACCUUUAUCUUUAACUUUUUAAAAGCUUUAAUAUAAUGGAUUUCCGCGAAGUAACGCCUGAUUCUAUUAAUUACCUUUAUCUUUAUAAUCGAUCAAUAAAAUCCCCCUCUUAAUCCCAAAAAACUGAAGCUAUAAUCUUUCCUACCGAUUGUGACACCUUGAACUUCUAGGUGGUGCUGCAUCUUUGUUAUUCCACUGCAGCGACUUCUGCUUUGACUCAGGUUCAUAGUGAAGAACCAAAGUUUCAUUCCCAGUCACAAUUCGGUUCAUAAUUUUGUCUCUGUUCUCACUUACGUGCUGUGUAUGACAACCAUAGACAAAAUGGAAUUUGGAUUGUCUAACCUUGGUACCUCAUGGCAUGAUUACAAAAAUUAAUUUCUUGUGAUCUAAUAAAAAAUAAGUUUUAAGUUUUUAUUUUUUAUAAAUUAUUAUUGUGGAAUUAUAAAUAUAAAAUAUAAUAUAAAUUUUUUAAACAUUUUUUUUAUAGGAUAGGGUGACAAACGAGCACACAGUCCACCUGAUGGUAAGUGAUUGCUGUGACCCAUAGACAUCCACAUCUCUCCUCAAUAAAGAAUCAAAAUGCAGAUGCGAUGUCACCCUUGAGGACUAAGAUGGAAUGCCUCUUUUCCAGUAAAAAGGGUCUCCGGUUCUCUACACUUACCAUACGAAACACAGCAGUGUUAAGCUGCUAUUUUACGUUGGUAUUCUGUGAGAGCGUGGUCCUUCCCCAGUCGAGCCGACCCAUUCAUGCUACAAUUAUACUACUAAUAUAGCUGCAACAUGUCUCUACCACGUAAAACCCUAGCUAUAAUAAGUCCUCUGCUAUGGAAUGCUAUAAAGCACUGUGUUGUUAUAAUCACAAAUGGUAAUCUACAUAUAGUAAUAUUACUUACAGAUACAAGAAACUCUGCAAUGAAUGAAGAAACAUGUGACAUACUUGGUACAACUGCUGUGGUAAUUAAUGACUUGAAGCAAAGGAGGCAAAAGGACUACGUCUUUGACUGGGAUAAAGCACUUCAAAGUGAUGGAGAUAGUGGAAUAAAGCUUCAGUAUCUCCAUUGCAGAUUAAUGAGCUUAGAACAGAAUUGUGGAGUGGGGAUUCCUAAAGUCUGUGCUCCUGAGUAUCUAACUGAAGAAGUUGUUGGUGAUGUUGUAGCUGAAUUGGCCAGAUUUGAAGUUGUAUUAAAUAGGGCAUUUUUGGAAAAUGAAGCUUGUAUCAUUGUGAAUUACUUAUUUCGAUUAGCAAGACAUGUUAAUAGGAUGUUUAAUGAGUUAAAUGUAAAGAAUGAACACAGUGAUUUAGCAGCUCAGAGGCUGUUAGUCUUUCAUACUGCCCGAUAUGUUGUGAAAACUGGUUUAGAAAUAUUAGGAAUCAGACCGUUAAAUGAAAUGUAGUUAUUUUAAUUAUAUGAAAACAGUUUAACU